UAGAUUUUUGUAGUCUACAGUCCAAGUUAUGUCUUCCAAAAGUGUGAAUGCUGUCGGGAUCCAAAGAUUAUUCAACUUGAAUUAAACAAUGAUUUCAGUUAAACACAUUUUCUUUGCAGGUAGUUAUGCAUCCGAUGUGGCAGCGGAUAUCAAUGUUUUGUGGCAUGAUUUGGGUGACGGCCUCGUGUUUCUCUCUACCUCAUGCCAUUUAUCAGAAGCUGCUGUGGUUUGACUUUGGAAAGGUUCGAAUGGUGUGUCUGCCCAGCUUUCCAUAGCCGUCAGAUGUGUUUUGGAAAUACUUGGACCUGGCCACGUUUUUCCUCCUCUUCUUGUUGCCACUUUCUAUCAUCUCCAUAGCUUACAUUAUCGUUGCUAAGAAGCUAUGGAUGCGUAAUGCUAUAGGGAAUGUGACUCUGGCGCAAUAUGUCGCCCACAGACAAAGGAAGAAGAUGACUCUGGAGAUGCUGAUGUUGGUGGUGGCUGUUUUUGCUAUUUGCUGGUUCCCUUUAAACUGUUAUGUGAUUUUGGUGUCCAGCCAGGCCAUUAACACUAACAAUGCUAUCUACUUCACCUUCCAUAGGUUUGCCAUGAGUAGCACCUGUUACAAUCCUUUUAUCUACUGCUGGCUGAACAGAAGCUUCAGGACUGAGCUCAAGUCCCUGCCUUUCAUUUGGCGUUCCAAGAAGGCAGUACAUCCAUGAUGAGGUUGUCAUCUCUAUAACUACAUAGAUUAUGUAUAAAGAUAUAGAGGUUAAU